AGAGCGUAGAAGGGUGGGCGAGAGAGGCAGACAGAGCGACUAGGAGAGAGAGAGACUGGGAGGGACCGUGGGUGAGGUUCACUUGGAUCCAAAACCCAGUGAAGGAACAACUUAUUAGAGAAACAAGGCAGAAAGUUCUGGAGCUGCAACUUUUCCUGAAUAAAGCAGAAGGAGAAGAAUUCAGUCACUUAAGGACUCUGGGAUUGCUUCUAUAACAGCAAAACUGUUGUACGCUCUCACUUUGGAGAACUUUUACUGAGCUCUGUGCUGCAGGAGUGCUGCGGAAAUACAGGAAGUGGUCUCAUUAAUACUGACAAGUUUUUCAGAAACAAAAAGAGGCAAGUUUCACUGCCUCUGCAGCUGCAGUGAAACUUGGGCCGACUACUCUGGGCAGACUUAUUGAGUUUUAGUCAUGUCGGGCAUACUUCCUCUCUUUCUCAUAUCUUUGUGUCUGAUCGUUGGCUCAGUCCAGAGCCAAAGCUCCUCUCAGGAUGCCUUUAUAAUCCAGUACCUGGAGAGGAGACUGGCUCAGAUGGAGGAGCGCCUGAAUCAGUGUGAGCAGAGCACCACAAGCGUCACCCAAAGAACCUUUGACCUCUCCAGUGAAAUCAGAGGUUAUCUGUCUACACUCAGUGUUCUCAGAUCAGAGGUGAAGAGCCAGAUGGAUGGCAUGUCUGUACGUGUAGACCGGAUGGAAAGAGAGCUGGAAUAUUUGGAAAACAAAAUUCCCAGUCAGUCUGAAAUUGAGAUGGAGGAGGCACUGCUGGAACAGCAGAUAAAAGCGGCAGAACUCGACCUGCUGAAAAGGAAAGCCAAGAUCAAAGUGCAAAAUGACUGCAGCACUGGUCUGAGUCAAAUCAAGUCUCUCAAGAUUGUAAAGAAGGCAGGAGACACCUAUGGUUCCUGGUUCAAGGACCCCUCCGAAGGAUCAGCCAAGAUUUAUCUGCUCAGCGGAAUUCGUAACGACACCGUGCUGGAGUAUGUUUCCCUGCAAAGCUUCACAGAGAGGACUUCAUCUCCAGCAAAGGUGGUGCAGCUGCCUUUCCACUGGCAAGGAUCGGGUCAUGUGGUCUACAAUGGAUUCCUCUACUACCACAAAGCAGAUACAACAAACCAAAUAGUGAAGGUAGACCUGCUGAAUGGCACAGUGGUGGACAGCACUCUUCUUCCAGGAGCUGGUCGUAUGCCCGUCUACAGUCUGAACCCGAACACUUACCUGGACAUGGCUGUUGAUGAACUUGGCCUCUGGGUCAUCCAUGCAGAUGCUGAGUAUGGAGGAAACCUGGUCAUCACCAAACUGGAAAUAGGAACCUUGGCAGUAGAGUCUGUGUGGGACACACAGUGUAGAAGCCAUGAUGCUGAAGGAGCUUUCCUAAUAUGUGGCACCCUUUAUGUGGUCUACAACACACGCUAUGGAGGACGUUCCACCAUACAGUGUCUCUAUGACAUCCAUGACACCAUUCACAGCAAUGAGAGUCCUGUGAUGUUCUUCCCGAAACGUUACACCAGCCAUAGCAGCAUCCACUAUCACCCCGGAGACAAGCAGCUGUAUGCCUGGGAUGAUGGCUACCAGACAAUAUACAAAGUGGAGACACGCAAGGAUGACCAAGUCAUUGCAGACUAAUAUUACGACAGUGUUCAUAUACUGAUGUUUGUUCAGGACAUAGUUGCUUCGCAUUGUAAUGUGCUGGGUACCCCUUAAGUGUAAUUAUUCAACAUUCCCAAUGAAAUCAUGAGAAAAAUUGCUCUACUGGUGUUGUUGCUGUUUAAAGAUGUGGUAACCAAAGAAAUGUUUUAAAAUGUUUUAAAAAGUUUAAUUUUAAUGUGUAGUUCAUGAAAGGGUGUAUCUUAACCUAAAACAUGAUUGUUUUCUGUCUUGGUCUACCACAAUAUAAGAUUUACACUUUAUGAUUUUUGUGAUCAAAAAACCCCUCACGAUAACGAUAUUAUCACUGUAUUUAGAGAAAGGUUUUAUGAGCCAUAAAAGCAGAAAUUCAAAUAGAAAGUUUGCAUUUAAACUCAAAACGGCCAUUAACUGUACCAACAUAUAUAAUGCAUGCUAUUUUUAUGUGAAGUGCUGACACUAUACGGAUACGCUGAUAUCAACUAGGCACCCCAGUGUUAAAAUAUGACAAGAAGCAGUUCCAGAACAAGUUUCAGUGUGUGACGAGUCGGGUGUGAGAAUGUGUAGGUUAAUUCUGUGUCCUGUAUUAAAAUCUCUAUUAUCACUUGAAAAUCAUGCAAUAAAAAAAAUCACUAAUAAAAGCGUACAUCUAGGAAAGCUAAUCAUAGGGUAUUUUAUAAUCUGCUGUUGUUUAGUGCUCCUUUGCUGGCAAUGGAUGCUGCCUUUAUCACUGUGAAGGGUUAUAGACAUAAGUUCCAUGUCUAACUGAAGCCUUUUUAAGCAUUGUACUUUAUACUUUGUAGCAACACAAUAAAGAGCAUUUACAUGUCA